GUCGUAUCCCGUCAACCUCACCGGUAAGUCAACAGGAAGUGCAUCACAAAAUGUCUAAGAGCCUAACCUCUCUUUGCCGUGGCGUGACCUGAUGACUGGAACAUUCGUGCUAACUGAAGGCAACGAGCCAACAGUUGAGACAUAUGCUACAGGAGGCUCGGUGAGAGUUGACGAUAUCUGGACUAUCCUCAACCUCAACAAUACCUCAGCCCAGCCAGCCCCGCUGAAGCUGCUGUACUUUGAUGUUGUCUGGAAGAACGGCGGCAAAACGGGCACGAGCUACAGCCGGCUCUUCGCAACAAUCGGGAAUACCAUUGCGCCAGACCGUACCAUACUUGAGGGUUAUGGUUUAAAUCCUUUGCUCAACAACACUGACCCGGUAUUUCCGGAAGAAUAUCCGAUCAGGGACGACUCCGAUGGGGGCGGCCAGUCAGCUGGAGUCAGAAAACCAACCGAAUCAUCUUCUCCCAUUCCAGGGGCAACCUUGGCCACCCCGACCAACGACGGCGGCCUAAUCAGCAGCGGCACCGGAGAUCCCUCCAACCUCAAGAGCAAGAAAGGUAUUUCCAUUAGCGCCAUCGUUGGAAUCGCCAUAGCCUGCGGCCUCCUCGGCCUCGCUCUCAUCAGCGGCAUAGUCUUUUUCUGCCUCCGGCGGCGCCACAAGCAAAACGCCCUUCGAGACGGCACCAGUCGCGGCGUGCCUUACGGGGGCUUCGCCAGCGGCGGCGGUCGGAACGGCGGUGACGAGCUCAUAGCCGAGAAGGAAGCCAACACGGGCGUCAUCCACGACGUGACGAGCGCGCCUCACUCGCCUUACUCUGACGACCUCGUGGGAAUGGGUAACGCCGGUGCCAACAGGAAUAGCGGUAGUGUUGUUAUUCCUAACAUUGAUUCUGGCGUUUCUCCUCAGGUGGUUCUUCCUGGAGUAGAUGGGAGACUAGAAGGAGAUGGAGACAGCCCGGUUUCGAACGCCCCGUCCUACCACAUGAUGCAGCAGCAGCAGCAGACACCGCACGAUCAUCAGUCUGGAAGGUCUUUUACCAUGUACUCUGAUCAUCAGUCCGGAGGGGGGGAAGGAGGAGGGUCGCCUACCACUCUGCACAGCGGCGGUGGCGGCGCACCAUCGUUCACACACGGGGGAGCAGGCACUGAUAGCAACCGGGGUAGUCUGAUCAGCCAGCAGCAGCAACAGGGCAGGAGCUUGUCAACGCCGUAUGCUCAUUUGGUCGAGGAUGGCAUGACAGAGGAGGAAAUCAGGAGGUUGGAGGAGGAGGAGCGACAGCUUGAUGUGGCCAUUGAACAGCACACGGGAGGGCAGAGGGGCUCCAGGCACCUAUGACGAAUGCUUUGGAAAGUGAAGAUAACCGAGCAUAGCAGUUAAGGAAGAGGGUGAUGAUAUGGAUAUUUCCUUUUUCAUUGUUUAUCUUUGGGAAAUUGCGUAUGUCCGUAUCAGUAGGGGGCGAUGCUACAAUAUCUGAUGAUUAUGAAAAAAAAAAAAUCCUUGAUCAGUAACUCUAUUUCUAUUUUCUGUUUUCUUCUGCGAACAGUUAUGGAGCGAUUCAGAGAAUGUGAAUGCAACGAGGAAAACGGAGUGAACGUACCGAAUGGUGGUCUCAGAGCCAUGGCCGAUUUUUCAUGUUCGAAGGAUCUGUAUGAAACAAGAAAAUCAUGGACAGUACUUGUGCCGGACACAACAUAACGGACCCUGAG